UUUUUUUUGUUUCAAAACUCAGUAACACUUUUUUGUUGGUAUUUAGGAAUAGGAAGGAGCUAUAAAGAGUUAUAGCUAUUAAUUUGAUUAGUUCUGCAUCGAAACUUCUUAAAUAUGAAGUUUAAAAAAUUCACUCCAUACAAUGCAAAUCAAGCAGAAGAUGAAGACGAUGAUUUUGAAGCCGCCACAACUUCUAGAAGGAAAUCGUCAGAAAAAAUGGUCACAGCAAAACAUUCAUCGAAAAAAUUAAAUAAAAAAGAUAGUGGUUUGAUGGGUCCUGACUUGGAACAUGUUUUAGUUGAAAAGCGUUCAUCAAAAAAACUACACGCAAGAAAUAAUGACAUGGAUUCUGAAGGUGCGAUCAAGAAACAUAAAUCAAAAUCCAAAACAAAACUUGAUUCCGAUAAUACAGUACCAGAGAAACGUUCUUCAAGAAUGUUACAUCGAAAAAACAGUGAUAUUAUGAAAUCUGAAGAACCAAAAAAAAAGAAAUUUAGAUCCAAAACAAAACUUGAUUACGAUAGUAUGGAAGAAGAAUUGGAACAGGAACACACACACAAACCUAAGAAAUCAAAAUCAACAACAAAACUUGAUUCCGACGGCACGUUAGUGGAAAAGCGUUCAUCAAGAAGACUGAAUAGAAGCAGCAGCCACGCCUCAAAUUCUGAACAAGAACCAAAAAGAAUGAGACGUUCAAGAUCUCAAAUAAGAAUAGAUGCAGACAGAGAGAGAAGGCGCAGAAAGAAAAUGGAAUCUUAUGACGAUGAGAUUGUUGAUGAUGAGAAUUCAUCUGAACAUAUCCAAGCAGAAGCGGUAAACUUAUCACUGACUAAUCAAAAUCAGGGUGGUUUUUUCCAAAUUUUAAGUUGGAUUAUUUUACAAUUUCUUAAUAUCUUUAGACCUAGCACUUGGUUUGCUUAAAAUGAUAGUAGGGGUAAACUUUUAAGAUCCAACAACAAAAUCCAGGACAACUGAUCUAGAUUGGCUUUAGUGACAGCAAAGCA